CACGCGCGCACUGUGAGAGUCAGAAUCAGAUAUUUACCUGCAAAAACAGAAUGAUGAACAAAAAAACCCAUUUUUGAUAAGCUAAGACAGAAUUCAAAUCUCGCUCUCGUUGGGUUUUAAAUCUCAUUUUCGGAGCCAAAUCCAUUUCUAAAACUUUUUCUUUCUUUUGUUGGCUAAUGUAGGUUGCCUUUUGUUAAUGUUGAGGUUUUGUUUUGUCUAGUUUGGUAUCAUAAUUCUCUUAUGAAUCAGUUUCCCAUGGAAUUCCAUUGAUUUGAUUUAUUAGAACAGAUAGGAGUAGUUGCUGGUGGGUUUUGCGACUUAGACCCUGAUUUUGAGGAAACAGAGGGUUUCUUUCUUUUGGUUUGGCAUUGCAUAAGGAGAGGGGAAGUAGAGUUGUAGGUAUUAAAAAUCAGGAGAGAAGUGGGUUUUGGCUUUUGAGAGAGAAUGAUUUGUAUAGGAGAAAAGGUGACAUGAGAAGUAGAGUUAUUGUUGGUCCAGAGGUACAAUGAAUGGAGGGUCAUUCGGUCAAAGGGGGAGUUAUGGAUCAUUGCCUUGCUACGGAAAAUUAUCAAAUAUUGCACGAAAACAAUCUUCGAAAAUGCCGCCAGUGAGUUCAAGGGACAAGGAGCGGGUUCUCCUGGUUGUUUGCCGGUGCUUGGGGCGUAGAAGAGUUGCAAUGUUGCUCUUGGUUGCACUUGCUCUCCUAGUUUUCAUCUGGGGUUCCCUUACAGUUAGCAAAGAAACCACAAGUCCAACUGUUAGACCAAUGGAUAGUAUACAUUUUGACAACAGUGAUAUAAUAAGCCAUCCUUCUGUUGCUUGUCGUUCUAGAGCUAAUAGCAUAUUGGACCAUCCAUGCCACAAGUUUGCUCUCCCUCCUCCCCCUCCUUCUGGUGGACGACGGUUUGGACCACGCCCUUGUCCAGUAUGUUACAUUUCUGCAGAGCAAGCUAGAGCUAGCAUUCCAUGCUCCUCAUCUGCAUCACCAGUGCUCCGCAACUUGACAUAUGUUGUUGAUGAAAACCCAAUUAAAAUUGAAUCUCAUGGAGGUUCAGAAUUUGGUGGAUAUCCUUCUCUAAAGCAGAGGAAUGAAUCUUUUGAUAUACAAGAGUCGAUGACAGUGCACUGUGGAUUUGUUAAAGGAAAUAGACCUGGCCGCCAGACUGGAUUUGAUAUUGAUGAAGCUGACCUGAUGAAAUUGGAAGAGUUUCACGAGGUCAUUGUUGCAUCAGCCAUAUUUGGGAACUAUGACAUAAUACAACAGCCCAAGAACGUUAGUGAAGCAGCUAGGAAAAAUGUUCCUUUUUAUAUGUUUAUUGACGAAGAGACAGAAACAUAUUUGAAGAAUUCCAGUGCCCUAGAUAGUAAUAUGAGGAUCGGACUGUGGAGGAUUAUUGUCGUCCAUAACAUCCCCUACACCGAUGCAAGACGCAAUGGAAAGGUUCCAAAGCUUUUAUUGCACAGGCUCUUGCCUAAUGUUAGGUAUUCCAUAUGGAUAGAUGGAAAGCUCCAGCUUGUUGUGGAUCCAUAUCAAGUUCUUGAGAGAUUCUUGUGGCAGCAAAAUGCCAGUUUUGCAAUCUCAAGACACUAUCAUCGCUUUGAUGUGUUUGAAGAGGCUGAAGCUAACAAAGCUGCAGGAAAGUGUGACAAUUCAUCCAUUGAUUACCAGAUUGAAUUUUAUAAAAAAGAGGGUUUAUCGCCAUAUUCCAAGGCUAAGCUUCCAAUAACCAGUGAUGUUCCUGAAGGUUGUGUGAUCAUAAGGGAACAUAUUCCUAUCACAAAUCUGUUUACCUGCCUGUGGUUCAAUGAAGUUGAUCGGUUUACUGCCAGAGACCAGUUAAGCUUCUCCACUGUGAGGGAUAAAAUAAUGGCUAAAGUUGAUUGGAGCAUCAAUAUGUUUUUGGAUUGUGAGAGGCGUAAUUUUGUGAUUCAGGCUUACCACAAAGAUUUAUUGGACCACAUGCCACCUCCAGUUGCUCAUGUUAUUCGACAUCCACCACCAUUACAUCGUGAUAGUUCAGCUGGGAGAAACCCAAGUAAAAAUUCAAGGCGUGGAAGAGAUAGGAGAUCUGGUUCAAGGCAACACCGCAAGGCUGCUGCGGGUAACAGGGAGAAGCAAACCUUUUUGUAGGAGAGGUAAAAGUAGGUUUUUUUUUUUUUCAUUAUACUGCACGGGGAAGAUGGAUUUGGUUAGAAGUAUUUAGAAUGACCCAAAAACAAAAGCAACCGAAAUUUUGUUUGAAAUUAUUGAUAUCUCAUAUUCUUUCAUUGUUGUAAAUACUUCAUACCAAAUAAGUCCACACCAGCUGCAAUCAUUGAAUGCUUCUUGAUUUUCAUUUA